AGGUUUUGCUUUAUUCAUAAAGCGAGAGGAACUUUGAUUAAUUUUUAUUUUUCAAGUGAAUAAAACAAUAAUUAAAACAUGGCUUUGGCUGAAAUUUGUAAAAUUUCCGAUGCUCCUUAUAUGAAAACGCGCGAAAACAUAGCUGACUUAGAUCGUGAUUGUCAGCAAUACGCGUGUAAUCUAUUAGAUCCGUAUAUGCUGUCAGCGCCGCCAUAUGAAGAUCCUUUAAAAAAUUUGCAAAAUAUCGUGAUCGAUGGUGUCAAAUCGGGAAUACAAAUGCAUUUUGAUCAUGGCACUACCACUUUGGGCUUUAAAUAUCAGGGAGGCGUUAUAUUGGCGGUAGAUUCACGUGCUACUGGUGGCCAGUUUAUAGGAUCACAAACUAUGAAAAAGAUAGUAGAAAUUAAUCAAUAUAUGUUGGGCACAUUGGCUGGUGGCGCGGCUGACUGUGUAUAUUGGGAUCGUGUUUUGGCCAAGGAGUGUCGUUUGCAUGAGCUACGCAAUAAGGAGAGAAUUUCAGUGGCUGCAGCUAGUAAAAUAAUGGCCAAUAUUGCUCAUGAGUACAAAGGAAUGGGGCUAAGUAUGGGUAUGAUGUUGGCUGGUUAUGAUAAGCGUGGUCCAGGCCUUUAUUAUGUCGACUCGGACGCGUCACGAUCUCCAGGCAAUGUUUUUUCAGUGGGCAGCGGCUCGGUUUAUGCCUUUGGUGUUCUAGAUUCUGGUUAUCGUUGGGAUUUGAAAGACGAUGAAGCUCAAGAAUUGGGUCGUCGCGCUAUUUACAAUGCCACUUUCCGCGACGCUUAUUCAGGCGGCAUUGUUCGUGUCUAUCAUAUGACAGCGGAUGGUUGGGUGAAUGUCUCCAAUACAGAUUGCAUGGAUUUGCAUUACAAAUACGAGCAGGAAAAAAAAAAUAGUAAAUAAACGACAUCUUUGGAGAUUUCUUCAUUACAAUAAUAGAAAAAGAUUUUCAAAAACUU